CCAGCCUGCGCGAGCGGGCGGCGCGCUCCGCGGGGACGGCAGGGCUGAGCGCGACCCUCGGUGCCGCCGCUGCCCCCGCGCCGCAGCCCGCCGCCGCUGGCCAGCCGGGGGCGCCCCCAUCUCUCUCCCCCCGGGCAGGGGAGCCGGGGGCAGCGCGGAGCCCGGGGGGAGCGUGGCCCCGCCGGCCAGGGCAGGGGGCAGCGAGGACGGCCCCGGUCCAGGUGGAGGCCGCAGAAGCAGCAAUGAUUGGUCCUGACGGUGGCUGAGCCCCCAGCCCCUGGAAUAUGCAGCCCGGGGGACCCCCAGGCAAGGACGCGGUGGCGGAGUGGGGCGGGAGGCAUGGUCUCCACCUACCGGGUGGCUGUGCUGGGGGCACGAGGUGUGGGCAAGAGUGCCAUCGUGCGCCAGUUCUUGUACAACGAGUUCAGCGACGUCUGUGUGCCCACCACCGCCCGCCGCCUCUACCUGCCUGCUGUGGUCAUGAACGGCCAUGUGCACGACCUCCAGAUCCUGGACUUCCCACCCAUCAGCGCCUUCCCUGUCAACACGCUGCAGGAGUGGGCAGAUGCCUGCUGCAGGGGACUCCGAAGCGUCCAUGCCUACAUCCUUGUCUACGACAUCUGCUGCUUUGACAGCUUUGAGUACGUCAAGACCAUCCGCCAGCAGAUCCUGGAGACAAGGGUGAUUGGCACCUCGGAGACGCCCAUCAUCAUCGUGGGCAACAAGCGAGACCUGCAGCACGGACGCGUGAUCCCGCGCUGGAACGUGUCGCACCUGGUGCGCAAGACCUGGAAGUGCGGCUAUGUGGAGUGCUCGGCCAAGUACAACUGGCACAUCCUGCUGCUCUUCAGCGAGCUGCUCAAGAGCGUUGGCUGCGCCCGCUGCAAACACGUGCAUGCCGCCCUGCGCUUCCAGGGCGCGCUGCGCCGCAACCGCUGCGCCAUCAUGUGAGGCUGGGGGCCCCUGCUCUGCCGCUGGCCGCAGCCUGGAGCCCAGCAGAGGGGGGUGCCAGGAGGGCAAGGAGCCUGCAGAAAGCGAACUCAUGGACCGGGCCUGGAACAUCCCCACGGCCACGCACCUCCAGGAAAGGCGAGGGCAAGCAGGACUCCUCCGCCCUCCCUCCUCCCGAGUUUGUCUUCCGGGGACAACCACCUUCACUGCUGUGGCUAGAGCAGUGCCCAGCCUGGCCCGAGCUGGUGCCACACCCUUUGGGGCUUGGGGGCGAUCGGGUGAAAUGGACAGUGGGGUGAGGAGGUGCUGCUGCUUUGGCUGGGCCCCCACCUGUCCCCUCCGAGUGUGUCUGUCUUUGUCCAGUGUCCUCCUUUUCCCGCGUCUGUCUGCCCAGCCGUCUGUUCAUUCUUCCCUGUCUUUUCCACCCUCUGGUCUCCCUCCCCACCCCCAGCUCCGCUCACAGGGCUCUCAUUUCGUUCACCUCCUUGUCACAGAUCCUGGCAGCUUUUGAUGCCAGGCCAUCUGGCCAUCAGCGCCACUGGCACAGGGCAGAGAGAUGCAGGUGGCCCACGGACCACAAUCUAAGGGUUGAGGUCCCAGAUAAGUCAGGGGGAGAAGGCUGAGCUCUCCUAUUCCCAGGGAGACCUCCCUGCCCGACAGCCCCCAGAGAUACAACAACCUACCUUCCAGCCUUAACUCGAUGGUCCAUCCCUGCCGGGUGCCCCUCACCCCCUCCUGACCCCGAAGUCAGGUCACCCCCUGGGUUAAAACUUCUGUUUUAAUAGCAUGGGGAGGGAAUUCCCCCAGAGGAUAGAUUCCUUCCCAUGAUGCCAGGUUCCUGUCCCCUGUUAGCUCCUGCACCAGGUGAUCUGCCAGAUUGGGGGAUGUAGAAUUCUGAGGGUUUGUUGGUUGCAGCCAGGGUGGUGCUCAGGAGGGGGUCAGGUUGUGCCAGUGACAAUUCUGCCUCCCCGUCCCACCCCAAUUCUGCCUGCCUCAGAUCUCAGGGUACCCUGAUUCUUCUAGGCAGGAGCUAGGAAAAGAAUUACGGGGACCCCUGUUCCUGGGGGUGAUAUGCCUGCAUCCCCACCCAUAGGUGGAGGCCCUCAGGAUCUGACACCCCUGGCCCAAUACCAGUUGGCCCUAUGCCCUAACUCACUCCACCCCAUUUUCUCCGGCUGCUUGGCCGGGUUUCUACCUCUCGUCACCGGAGCUGAUCACUGUCAGUUUUGUACCAAUUUAGAAAUAACAAUAAUAAUGAUUCUAGGAAAUGCCCUGCGGGGUUAAUGAGGGGGCAGAGAGAGACAGGCAGGCAGACAGACAGACAGACAGUCAGACAGAGAAAUGGUGCCAUGUCCCUUGCCGUUGGCCAAAGGAAGUUCUCUUUGAGGCUGAGCCCUUGGCCCUAGUCCAGUGGGAGGAUAUCAGGGACCCUUGGUUAAAAGAGGAGGGUACAUUGAACAGUCCAGCUUUGGCCAGCUUAGCCCAGGCUGCAGCACAUAACCAGGAAAUCAGAUAGCCCCAAGUGGUGAUGGGAGGCUGGAAAAGGGUCAUGGGCGGGGGAGUUUAUCAUUAGGAUCCAGGGUGGAGGGAGUAUAUGAUUCUCUCUUCUGUUUCCCCCACUGAUCUCCACUCCCUCCCCCCAUGAGGUCAGCACAGCCCUACAGCAGCUGCCCCAACCUUGGGCAGACCAUUGUGCUGGGUUUUAGCCCCUGCUGUGCUGCAUGACUGGGCCAAUGACUUGCCCUCUCUGAGCCUCCCUCUGAAACAGAGGAAGUGGCUCCCCUCCUCCACACUUGAGUGGCCAGGAGGGUAAGGAAGAGGGCAGCCCACUCUUGUCUUUGCACCCUUACCCACUGGUUCACCAGAGGGAUGAGGGCAGAUGACAGCAUCUUCUGUUUCCUCCCACUCCCAACUCAGAAGCACCUGAGGCGAGGGUGGGGGACCAGACUUCUGGCUGCCCCCGUGGGGAACAUUGGAAUGUAUCCCCCAUUGGCUGCACCUCACAGCCCUGCGCUUCACACCAGGUCUUGGAUUUCAGGUCCUUCCACACCCAUUCUGAGUCUCUGUCCUUCCCCAGCCCCAUCAGGGUUUCCCACCACAGGGUCUGGAAGUGUGUGUGAUGCCCAUAGGCUGUUACUGGAAGUCAGAUUAAACAUCAGGGAGUGUUUCCCUUGUUUCUGUA